AUGUCAUUACCUCAAUCAUCAGCAACAGCACAUUCGGCAGGACAGGGCUCUAUACCGAAUCAGACUUCUGCAUCAGGUUGGAGUUCCUUGCCGAUGAAUACACUUCCAAAUAUUUCGACGGUGGAUUCCUAUUCAACAGUAAUAACAGAUCAGUCCACUGGGAUAGGGCGACAAUCUAGCCAGCAACAGUCCAAUGUGGGAUCAAAAAUAGAGCAUGUUGUGGCCACACAAGUGGAGCGUUUUGAAAAUGCUUUUCAGAGGCUAACUGACCAUAAUGCAAAUAGAGGAAGUGCUGGACCUAGUAGAUCUAUGACGUCAGGAGUUAAUACGGCUACAGGAGCAGCGAGUUCAGAGGUGCCACCAGUCAGUAUGCCAGCUUUUGUGUCACCACCAGGGAAUUUUACCUUUGAUGGACAGCAGUUGCCUCCAUUGUCCCCUCAAUAUGGAACACCAGUGAUGAGGCUUGGAACGUCAUGGGGACAACAAUCACCCUAUCAAGGAUUCCAGGCGCCAUGGCCGGUGACUCCGGGAAUGCAACAGCAAGUUUUACCAAUGCAACAUCAACAAGGAUCAACAGCGGUUUUAUCGCAACUGAGUGGACAAGAAGGUGUGCCUAGACUAACGUACAUACCACAGGGAAUAACAGAUGUAGGUGUCCAAGGAGCUGCGGGUGUAACAAUUAAUCAAGGCCCUGUUGGUACGGGAAACAAUCAAGGUGCUGUCGGUAAAAAUGCAAGGCAAGCUGGUCAACAUGUACAAGCGACCAAUGACCGCCGCUUUAUAUUAUAUCAUAACCGAGUAUCAGGAAAUAAUACUGCAGCUGCAAAUUUGGAUGAUCCACACAUACCUCAAGGCUCUGGUGUUGUGGUUGCUGAUCCGCAAAUUACUUUAAAAGCUGAGGAUGCAUUUUCAAGAAUGAUAGAAUACAAGAUCUGUAAAGAGCUAGGCACAGAAAUUCCAGAGAUUCCAGGAAAGCCAUAUCCUGACUAUGUUGAAUGGGAGCCAUUGCCAUGGAACUUUAAGAUUCCUGAUUUUCAGCAAUUUUCAGGAGAGGAUGAGAAGAGACCCGAAGACCAUAUAAAUAAGUAUGAUGAGCCAACUAUUGUCAAGAUGGCAAAUGCCGGAAUUCAGGAUUACAAAGUCAAGUUAGCUGUCGCACCACAUUCUGUUCGAUCCUUGAAUCAUUUGGCAGAUAUUGUAAGAAGAUGUGAGAAAGUCAUUAAAGAUAAAAGGGAGAAGAACCCGGGAAAGACGAAGCAAUGGUUCAACAAAGCUCCAUUAGCAGAAGUGAAUCAAAGUCAAUGGGUUCAUGAUGAGGACGACGAUGAAUAUGAGGUUAAUGCUGCUGAAAUCGUCAAUGUCCGUAACUACACGUGUGACGCAUUACGUCGCCCUACAGUUCCACAUUCUUAUAAUACUCCCCCACCGGUAGGUGCACCGGCAGGCACCCCAGGGCAAGCUGGCGGAGCUAACAUUGGUAGAGUAUAUUCUUUCGACAUAUCGCAACAAGAGGCCAUCUUUGAUGACAUGUUCCAGAAAGGCCAUAUUCAGUACAGAAGGGGAUACAGACAACCAAAGCCAUUAGAUCUAGUUGGAAAGAUAGUUUACAACAUCAAGGUUUGCAUACAGAAGUUCUUCCGACGCAACAAUGAGUGCCCUUCCAUACAAGAUAUGGGAAUACCAUUUUCAGCCCUAGGGCUAACUCGCCAUAUCAAGUUCAUAAUAGAAGACCAUCAGUGUAGCAACGGAUUCAGCAUCCCAGCCAAAGGGACAAUACAGAGCCCAGAACCUGCAACUGCAACAACUAUCAUCCCCAAAGCUGCUGCAGACACAUUGGCUGUUCCUGAAGUGACUUCAAUCGUAACAAAAGCACAUGAUGCUACAGUUGGUGGUAUUCAACUACUAUCUCAAGAAGGGAAAGGCCCGAUCAUAAUACUCUCUCCGCCAGCUGAGAGCUCUGGGACUCACAUUCGGCCAUUAUAUAUUUGCGCCAUCAUGAAUGGAGUACCAUUGAGACGAGUGUUAGUGGACAAUGGUGCAGCAAUUAACAUCUUGCCUACAAGAGCUUUACAGAGAUUAGGCAAGCAACUUAAGGAUUUAGUGCCGACUGAAGCAAAGGAAAAGCAAGCCGCCAUUAAGCGUGUGUUGCAGUAUUUUGAGAACAAGCAUCAACAUCAAAUUGAAAUGCCUAUGGUAUGUUGGGAUGAAGUAAUUUAUGAUGCAGAUCCAGUUUCAGAUAGUGACGUCAUUGAUUUGAAUGAAUUGGCUACUGCAACCCCAAAGUUAAGUGAUGAGGCGGUUGUUACCAAAGAACCAGUCGAAGCAGCUGAGUAUGAAGGAUUAAUUCAUGCACUUGAGAUGCUUAUAUAUAAUGGUGCAACUCAUGGAAAGGUCAUUGGAGAUUCUGCCUUAGUCUUUGGCCAAAUGAAGAAAUUAAUGAAACGAAGUGAUGAAGUCAUGGCCAAAUAUGCAGCAGUUGAUAUGUUAGCUGUCCGAUUCCAGCAUAUUGAGUUUUAUAACGUUGAAAGAGAUUUCAAUGCAGAAGCAAACGAUAUGGCACAGUUAGCGUCCAGGUAUCUUAAAGUGCCAUUGGGACCAGACAUUGCGUCCAGAUUUCGAUACCCCUGCCUAAUCCCUUCCUUUCAAAUUGAGCAACAGUCUCCUUUGGAUUCCGCCGACUAUGCAACAGCUAUGCUAAUUGAUCAUGACAAGUUGGCCCAUUGUCGCAACAUAGCAGCGGCGAAUAUAAUUCACCAGAAAAUCGAGAUCAUCUGGGCUUACAACAAGUUUGUCAGAUAUAAGCGUUUCAAUAUCGGCGCAAUGGUGUCGAAAGCAAUCUUACCUUUAGGGCACAAGGAUCGUGUUUAUGGCAAAUGUAGCGGCCCUUAUAUAAUUCAUCAACAUUUAGGCCAGGGUGUCUAUGUUUUGAAAGAUCUUGACGGAACAAUCGCAGAUAGAUCCAUCAAGGCAUCAUAUUUGCACAAGUACUUUGAUACCACUUGGCAUCAACUCAGCACUGAAGAACUACAGUUAGCAAGAGAUAUUGCCGCCAAAAGAUAUCAAUAA